AGCAAUGUAGAUGAUGUUGAAAUGUCGCUGUGUGGAUUUAUGUAUGCUCCGUGCAGAGGACUCAGAUCCGAAUACUGAUGAACCAAUGCAGUCAAGUUAAUACACUGCAGCGGAGUCUUUGGUGAUCAAGCUUCAACAUUAGUUCUGAAUUUCACAUCACAACGUGAAGUUUAAUUAAGAUUGAUGUGGUCCCGUGUGUUCCGUCCUAUCUCCGUGGCCCCUCGUAUAUUGAUGAGAAUGGCAAGCUCGACAGGCAGUGGGAAACUAGCGGGCAAGGUUGCCAUCGUGACAGCUUCUACAGAAGGCAUUGGUUUUGCCGUGGCUCGUAGACUCGGUCAAGAUGGUGCCAGGGUGAUGGUGAGUAGCCGGAAACAAGCCAAUGUGGAUGCAGCGGUAAAGCAACUCCAGUCUGAGAACCUCAACGUAGCCGGGGUCACAUGUCACGUUGGGAAGCCCGCAGACCGAGCCAAGCUGAUUCAGGAGACUGUGAAGACGUUCGGCGGGAUCGACAUAUUAGUCUCCAAUGCAGCCAUCAACCCAAUAUUCGGGCCUAUCAUGGAGACAACCCCUGAAGCGUGGGACAAGAUAUUUGAAGUUAAUGUCAAGUCAACAUUUUUUCUGUGCAAAGAGGCUUUGCCAUAUAUUAAAGAGAAAGGCAAGGGAUCCAUUGUACUCAUCAGCUCUGUUGCUGGAUAUGUGCCCUUCAAUCUGCUGGGAGCCUACUCCGUCAGUAAGACGUCACUGCUGGGUCUCAGCAAGGCAAUGGUCCCCGAACUAGCUGCUGACAACAUCCGAAUAAACGUGGUGUGCCCAGGACUCAUCAAGACCAAGUUCAGUGAAGCUUUAUGGAAGAGUGAUGCUGCCCUUGACAAAGCGCUGGAAGGAAUCCCACUCCGACGAAUCGGUGAGACAGAAGACUGCUCGGGAAUCGUGGCCUUUUUGGCAUCUGAUGACUCGAGUUACUUGACAGGCGAGUCCGUGGUUGUGACUGGCGGAAUGACAGCCAGACUGUGAUUACACUGUGAAACCAAAGAAGUUAAGGAAGGAUUGUGAUAAUAAGGUUUAUGAUUCAUUGUUUUAGUUCGAGUCCUAAAGAAACUGGAUGUGCUGAUCACUACAUCGAAACACACAAACUUAUUACCUUUCAUAUUUUGUAUUGUCUUGAUUUCUUUUUCUCUUUGUACUUUCUGAUAACUUAAGGCAAAAUGUUUGAUUCGUCUUAGGUUUGAAACAUGUGAGUGAACAAGAAAAGUGAUUUCUGUAGCACUCAAUGUGCAAUGGCAGCAGGUUACUGAAACAACCAUGUAUAUAAUGGGAUGAUUGUAAAAGCUUUGUAAUACUGGUAAUAAUUGAACAUGAUCGUCAUUAAGAAGAUAUUUAAUAAAAUGCAUGUGCCAUAUACUCAUGUGAUAUUAACCUGAAAAGUUGUUUUUUUUUAGUACAAGUAUUUUUGCUGUAUGUACCCACCAAGCACUGAUUAUUUACAAAAAUAUGGCAUCUCCAUAGCCAAGUGACAUUAUUCGAAAUAUUCUCCCAGCAACAAUAGGAUUCCUUUGAAUACCCCCGGGUUAGAUUAGGUCUUCACCAACACAUGCUUGUCAUAAGAGGCGAUCUGAUGCAUGUCAUUGUAUCCCAAUUGAGUAGAUUGAUGCUCAUGAUGUCAAUCAAUGGAUUGUCUGGUCCAGACGGGGUCCAGCCGUCAAAAAGCUGGACUAUUUCUGAGUGCAGCAUUAAACAACAAACAAACAAAUCUUUUCCACGACCACUAGGCUCCACUCAGGUGACACGAACAAGCAACUCGGCUGUUCACUGGUAUGGAAAAUAGUUUAUUACUGACAAUCAGCUGUGGCUACAGUGAGUUCAUCGAAUCUUGUCUAACAUUUGUAACAUGCAUCUAGUCCCUAUUUCAAUAGAACUAACAUCUUAGUCAACAGCCAGAUCUGUUUCAUCCCACACCAGGGGCACGGGUGGCCUAGUUGUCUAAGGCGCCGCGAUUCGCUGUGCAGAGUUGCAUCCCUUAGGCACGCCAGAAAGUUAUGAUUGUGGGUUCGAAUCACGGUUCGCCCCGAUUAUGUUUCUAGGUUUGUCAGCACCAUGCUCGUGGGUUUCACUGAAGUGGUAAACGUCUAAGACCAGCAUCACUUCGAGCUUUCCUCCCACAUUAAGCUGACAUGCUGCGAUAUAACUGGAAUACUGUUAAAAGCGGCGUUAAACCAAACUCACUCACUCACUCAUCCCACACCAGACCACCUUCAAUUGCCCCUGGACAACUACUGCAUCAAACCUUCCAUGCUUCGCAAUAGUAGAGUAGCUGGAUGGGUUGAACACCGUUUGAACAGUACCGGUAUUUCAGGUACAGAUAUGCGGGAGAAAAGCAUGAAGCGAUGCAGGACUUUACCACUGGUGAAACCCAUGAGCAUGGGUAUAGUGCUGACUAACCUAGACACAGAAUCAGGGCAAACCUUGGAUUUGAACCGAUCAUCAUAGGUUUCUGUCACGCUAAGGGACGCAACUCUGCACAGUGAAUUGUGUCAACUUAGACUGACUGGGCCAUCCAUGUACCACUUCACAACAGAAUGAUUACCAUAUCGACGAGAAUACCAUUAACUUCCUUAUCAAAACUUCUUACAACCUAAAUCAUAUGACUUCUGUCAUGUUUGAAUAUGUCUUCAAUGUGUCGUCUGCCAUCCUACAAAUUCUAUUUGUUUCGGCAAAUCUGUGAAACAAUCCCUAAAGGUGAAGGUCACAGACAUUUUCAGAUUUACUGAAAACAA